GUCACUCCGCGGUCCCUGAAUUUCCGAGUGAAACAUUAUCCAAGCGAUCCGCUUGCGGAAUUUCGUCAGGAGAAAACCCGCACCCUUUCGGCGCCUAGCUGCCAUGCCACCCGAAGGUUGCACGAGGUCUGGGAUACUGCCAGGUUGCCCAAGCCUAGACAGGGGAAGUCGAGAGGUAGAGGUCAGGUUCGAGCCACGAACUUUCCGGUUAGUAGAUUCGCGUUCCAACCAAUUGAGCCAUCUCGCCCCCAGCCAAGGUAUGAUAUGAGAAGCACUGCCCUUGACGUUCGCAAUCUGGUGGAAUCGAAACAUACCUUCUAUCUCCUUUACCUUCAAUUGCGACGUGACCUUCACAGCGGCCGUUUGAUUGGCCGAAAUACGGAAAUGCAUAUGCUUGCUGCAUGCAUACUUCAAGCCGAAAUAGGAGACUACGAUGUCCUGGUUGAUUAUUUGGGAAGCGAAGGCACACUGGCCGACCUGAAGAUGUUCGCAAACGUUACCCCGAGAACCGAAGCCAAGAUUUGUGAACUACACAAAACACUAAAUCCACUGGCAGUUCUGUAUUUACACACGAAUUUAUCUACUCCCGCCUCCAAUGCGCAGCUAUCUACCCCACUUCCCCAAAUCAUGAGUGAACGAAACUGUGGCAGCUACAACCACUGUACGACAAGUACGCGAAAGCGACUUCACAAAUCCCGUUAUAGAUCUCACUUUUCAAGAGACGCGAAGCAGAUUUAUGAGCAAACAUACUACUCGCAUUCCCCAUCAGUAGCACCCACCAUCAAACCAAGUGGCAACCAAGGUCUAUCGAUGGAAGAGGCUGAGAAUAAAUUUCUGGAGCAUGCAUCGCGCUUUGAAACUUAUGGAAUCGAACCCCUCUAUGUCCAGGUGAGAAAACAUUUAAGGUUUCACCCCGUUGUUUUCAACUUUCAUGUUGUUUGUCGUCAUGGCGACCGACGCCAGGUCGUGGAUACGACAGUU